UCUCCCCUGGCUGCAUGCCAGCAAUGGGAGGUACCAGUGGAUGCAGCCCCCCCCCACAUACACUCUUGCUUAUAUGCGCUGCCCACCUCCCACACUCUCGCUCACUAAACACAUUUUUCUCUGCAAAAGCAGGCAUUGGGAUACUGAAAAAUGCCUGCUGAAUUUGUGACUCAGCCUGGCCAUAUUUGACAAGCUUGUGAAAGGCAGCCUUGACUGAGGACACUGGAGAGCCGUGUGCAAAAGAUUAAUAGCAUCAAAUGCAGUUUCACAUCGAGUGCCAAGUCUGACAGUUGGUGGGAAAUAUUUCAGCCUAUUUGUAAAUGUAUGCAGCCAAGCACAGCCCACAUCUACAGAUUACAAAAAAGACAAGGAAGAGGUAAAACUGCUAUCUAGCUAUACAGGUACAUUACACUGGUGUAGAGAUAGCAAGGAGCGGGAAUUGUUGCCGUUGCAUACCAGAUAGUACUUUUUUCCCAUUUGACUUUCCAGUGUAUUAAACUUCCUAUCGUAAUGGAAAAUAAAAAAGAGAGGUCUUUGAGAGAGGGCCAGGCGUCCCUUGCAACUUUAAGCCACAAAAACAUUACACUGGUGCAUUUCUGCAAAGAGCAGUCUUCUAAAAAGCUUGCCACGUUGGAAGAUGGUGAACAUCGCAGGCCAGGAGAUCUUGUGAAAACAAGAAGUCUAUCUCGGAAAGAGGAGGACAUUUCUUACAGUAUCUUGCCAGGAGUGGUAGACAACAGUGACGGACAGACUAUAUCUGGGCACACAUCUCCUACCUACAUAUCAGCAAUGAAGCAGAAAUUUGCAUUUGACAACAUUAGCUUUGAGGAAGACUUGGAACAUCUACCCUCUCCUCAUUCUCAAGUGAACACUGCUACAGUCAAUAUUUUGGGUAUGACUUGCCAAGCUUGUGUACAAUCCAUUGAGAACAGAAUUUCCAAGGUAAAAGGAAUUGUGAACAUCAAGGUGUCUCUCGCACAAAGUAAUGCUUUGGUCAAAUAUUUGAGACUGGAAACAAGUCUCCAUCAGAUAUGCCAAGAGAUCAAGGACAUGGGAUUUGAUGCAGGUGCAACACAGUCUUCAGGGCAAUGGGCCAAUGAAGCUUUAGUUAAGAUCAAAAUAGAAGGCAUGACCUGUCAGUCUUGUGUCAGUACCAUUGAAGAAAAGAUUGGGAAACUACAUGGUGUGAAGAAGAUCAAAGUGGCCCUCAGCAGUCAGGAAGCCAUCAUUGCUUAUCAUCCAUUCAUAAUUAAGCCUGAAGAACUAAAAAGUAACAUAGAUGGCUUGGGAUAUGAAAGCACUAUUAAGCAUAAGCAGGCCCCAUUGAAACUUGGCUUGAUUGAUGCAGAAUUCUUACAGCAAAUAAAUGCAAGAGCAUCUGCUGAUCGAGAGAGAAUAGAAAACAGAACCAGUGCAUCUGUUGUAGAGCUUGGCGUGGAAGGGAUGCACUGCGAAUCCUGUGUCCAUACCAUUGAAAGUUCAGUGUCAGAUUUGCCUGGUGUACAGUGUAUUAAAGUGUCCUUGGAACAGAAAAAGGCCCUUGUGUGGUUUGACCAUAACCUGAUCACUCCAUCCUCAUUGCAGCAAGCCAUCCAAGCCCUUCCCUCUGGUAUCUUUAAAGUAUCUUUUUCUAAUGGAGCUGAGAGUCAUAAUGGAUUACUUGCCUCAGACACAGCAUCCUCUUUGCUUUGUUUCUCUAGCAGCCCUUCCCAGGUAGAACUACCAAGUGAAUCCAGUACAACUGUAAUUAGGAUUCAUGGGAUGACCUGCAAUUCCUGUGCAAAAUCCAUCGAAAGCUCCGUAUCGCGAAGGAAAGGGGUGGUGUGUAUAUCUGUGUCUUUAACUGAAGGCACUGCCAUUGUAUACUACAGUUCAAUUCUAACAAACUCUGAAGAACUGAGAGCUGCUAUAGAAGACAUGGGAUUUGAUGCAUCUGUCCUAACAGAUACCACCGGUGGAAGACCCCCUACUGUUGGAGGUAACGGUAAAGAGCCCAGUAUGCUGACCUCUGCUUCCUUGAGAAGUGAAGCUCGUUCAGAGUUGUCGUAUGGAGAUGUUUUGUCACAGAAAAAGAACAUGUAUAAUGACCCUCCAAAGCCAUCCAAUACAGGAACAACUGAUAAAUGUUUCAUGCAGGUCACAGGCAUGACUUGUGCAUCGUGUGUAUCGAGCAUUGAGAAGAACCUGGAAAAAGAAGAUGGAAUAGUUUCUGUGCUUGUUGCCUUAAUGGCAGGGAAAGUUGAAGUAAAAUAUAAGCCAGACAGAAUUCAGCCUCUUGAAAUAGCCCAGAUGAUUGAUAACUUGGGUUUUGGAGCUUCAAUCAUGCAAGAUUACCCUGGUUCGGAUGGCAGUAUAGAUCUUAAGGUCCUAGGGAUGACCUGUGCUUCAUGUGUUCAUAGCAUUGAAUCCAAACUUACGAAAACACCCGGUGUUCUUCAUGCAUCUCUAGUGUUGGCUACUUCCAAAGCUCAUGUCCGUUUUGACCCUGAAGUUGUUGGUCCUCGAGAUAUUAUAAAUGUUAUUGAGGGAAUUGGUUUUCAAGCAUCGUUGGCUAAAAGAGAUCCAAAGGAUCAUAACUUGGAUCACAAAGAGGAGAUCCAAAAAUGGAGGAAAUCGUUUUUAUACAGCCUGCUCUUCGGUAUCCCUGUCUUGAUUUUAAUGAUUUACAUGCUGAUACCUGCUGGUCAGCAGCAUGGAUCAAUGGUGCUGGAGCAAAACCUAAUUCCUGGAUUAUCUGUUCUAAACCUUCUCUUCUUCGUUCUUUGUACUUUUGUUCAGUUCCUUGGCGGAUGGUACUUCUAUGUCCAAGCCUACAAGUCACUGAAGCACAAGAUGGCCAAUAUGGAUGUCCUCAUCGUGCUGGCCACAUCUAUAGCUUAUAUCUACUCAUGCGCCAUUUUGAUGGUUGCCAUAGCUGAAAAGGCAGAACAGAGCCCCAUCACCUUUUUUGACACCCCUCCAAUGCUGUUUGUUUUCAUAUCUCUUGGACGGUGGCUGGAACACAUAGCCAAGAGUAAAACAUCAGAGGCACUUGCCAAAUUAAUAUCUCUUCAAGCUACGGAAGCUGUUGUAGUGACGCUUGGAGCUGACAAUUGUGUCAUCAGAGAGGAACAAGUGCCUGUUGAACUGGUUCAACGAGGAGAUGUCGUAAAGGUGGUACCUGGUGGGAAAUUUCCAGUUGAUGGAAAAGUAAUUGAAGGCAACUCUAUGGCAGAUGAAUCCCUUAUCACCGGAGAAGCCAUGCCUGUCGUGAAGAAACUGGGCAGCACAGUAAUUGCAGGCUCUCUGAAUGCGCACGGCUCUGUGCUUGUGAAAGCAACUCAUGUUGGCUCUGAUACCACCCUGGCACAAAUUGUGAAACUGGUAGAAGAAGCUCAGAUGUCAAAGGCACCCAUCCAGCAGCUGGCUGACAAAUUUAGUGGAUAUUUUGUCCCUUUUAUAGUAAUAAUUUCUACUGCAACUCUGGUAGCCUGGAUUGUAAUCGGAUUUAUACACUUUGAUAUUGUGCUGAAAUACUUUAUUCACCACAGUAAACACAUCUCGAAAACUGAAGUCAUCCUGCGAUUUGCCUUUCAGACCUCCAUCACAGUCCUGUGCAUUGCAUGCCCUUGUUCCUUGGGUCUGGCUACCCCAACCGCUGUGAUGGUGGGAACUGGAGUUGCUGCACAAAAUGGUAUUCUCAUCAAAGGUGGGAAACCCCUGGAAAUGGCACACAAGGUAAAAACUGUGAUGUUUGAUAAAACAGGGACGAUCACCUAUGGAGUUCCUAGAGUCAUGAGAGUCCUCUUGCUAGGAGACACAGAUACUACCCUGCCUCUGAAGAAGAUGCUUGCUGUUGUUGGCACUGCAGAAGCCAGCAGUGAGCAUCCUUUAGGAAUGGCUGUCACUCGAUAUUGCAAAGAGGAGCUUGGCACAGAGAUCCUAGGGUACUGCAAAGAUUUUCAAGCUGUCCCUGGAUGUGGAAUAAGCUGUAACGUUGGCAGUAUUGAAACUGUGCUAGGUGAAACUGAGCAGCACUUGAACAGUCCAAAUCCGCACGGUGACAUUGGGAGAGGGGCUGCAGAUAAGAGUCCACAGACUCUGAUCUCCAAAUUGGGAGAUGCAGCAGCCCCUCAGACUUACUCUGUGCUGAUUGGAAAUCGGGAAUGGAUGAGACGGAAUGGCUUGCACAUCUCCAGCGAUGUUCAUGAUGCAAUGACUGGCCAUGAAAUGAAGGGACAUACAGCUAUACUGGUUGCUAUAGAUGGUUUACUUUGUGGCAUGAUUGCCAUAGCAGACACAGUGAAGCCAGAGGCAGCUCUAGCAAUGCACAUACUGCAAAAUAUGGGAGUGGAUGUGGUGCUUAUAACCGGAGAUAACAGGAAAACGGCCAAAGCAAUUGCAACUCAGGUUGGGAUCAGAAAAGUCUUUGCUGAGGUUCUACCAUCUCACAAAGUAGCCAAGGUCCAGGAACUCCAAACAGCAGGAAAAAGGGUUGCCAUGGUCGGAGAUGGAGUCAACGACUCGCCAGCUUUGGCAAGGGCUGAUGUUGGCAUUGCAAUUGGUACAGGCACAGAUGUUGCCAUUGAGGCAGCCGAUGUCGUUCUUAUUCGUAAUGAUUUAAUGGAUGUGGUCGCAAGUAUCCAUCUAUCCAAGAGGACAGUGAAAAGGAUACGAAUAAAUCUAAUCCUGGCCUUAAUAUACAAUCUCCUUGGCAUACCCAUAGCAGCAGGAGUAUUUAUGCCUAUUGGAAUUGUGCUACAACCAUGGAUGGGAUCAGCUGCAAUGGCGGCAUCAUCAGUAUCCGUUCUGCUCUCUUCCCUGCAGCUAAAAUGGAGGAUUGCUGGGAUUUUCCUUCCUGGUUGUACAACUAGAUCCAACUACAGAAAAAUGGAUAUGGAAAGAUAUGAAGCACAAGCUCAAGGGUGCAUGAAGCCACUGACUCCUUCCCAAGUCAGUGUCCAUAUAGGAAUGGAUGAUAGGAGAAGAGACCUGCCCAGGUCAGGUGCUCGAGAUGAUAUCGGUCAAGUAUCCCUUUGUACCCUGACAUCGGACAGACGGCCAAAGCAUUUGGGUAAUUCCCUAGGGAAUGAAGCAGACAAAUGGUCACUACUCACGAACAAUCAAGAUGAAGACCACUGUAUUUAAUAGUGGCACAUUCUGCAACUGAACGACAAAG